AUGUAUCUAGUCAAUGCCCUUAAAAACCCAUCUGAUAAUAUACUAGUCUAUGGGAGGACUGCCAAUAUUGCAGGGAAGAUACUUCAGAUUAUAUUACUAUCAGUAUCAAUUGUAUUUUUACUAAUCAGUGGAAUAAGUGUUGCUGUUGGUUGGGCUAAAACAUGCAAGACUAUAAAAGAUGCUACUGAUGGUUUGGUAACUUGUAAUGAUGAUGAUGGAAGUAGAUAUCUUAACCAGGAGAUGUUUGGAUCUGCAAUAUGUGCUUGGGUGAGUCUAUCCUUCACUGCAGUGGCUAUACAGUUUGCUGUUGUUAAAAGUAUAAUGGAAGAGAAAGGAGAGACUCAUACUGAAGAAGAGGAACCACUCAUCAACAGUAGCCAUUAAGAGUGUGUGAACUAUUUGAGCUAGUGUGUGUAUCUUGUUAAUGUGAAACAACAAUGGAGGGUGUAUUCAUUCCAAUAAUACUUUUAACAUUUUCAGUU